AUGGCGACCCCGACUGCCGCCAUCCCCGUCACUAUCGUGACAGGCUUCCUGGGCUCCGGCAAAACAACCCUCCUGCUCAACCUGAUCCCCCAACUUCCGCAAACCUACCGGCUCGCUCUACUCAAAAACGAAUUCGGUGACGUCGCUGUCGACUCGCAACUCGCAUCGACGCAAUCCAUAUCCGGCGUGCGCGAGCUGCUCAAUGGCUGCAUCUGCUGCAACCUCGUCGGCCAGCUCGGCGACGCAUUGGUGCAGCUGCGCGACGAGGUAACCCCGGACCGGAUCGUGAUCGAAACCAGCGGAAGCGCGUUCCCGGCAACCUUGGCCAUGGAAGUAAAUCGCCUCGCGCGGGAGACCUACCCGGGCAGUUUUGUGUUGGAUGGGGUGAUUAGUGUGAUCGAUGUCGAGAAUUGGCAGGGCUACGAAGAUACCAGCUAUACCGCAAAGAUGCAGGCGAAAUAUACCGACAUGGUGAUUUUUAACAAGUGGGAGCUGGUCUCUGAGCAGCGGUUUGAUGUUUGUCUGGACCGGUUGGGUGAUCUGGAACUUGAUCCGCCGACGCCCUGGGUCAAGUCGGAUAAGGGCAAGGUGGAUAAGAGUGUUUUGCUGGGUAUUGACGGAGCUUUGCUCGCGCGAGAUGAGGGCUUGCUGCCAUCUCAGGCAGACGGACACGGUCAUGACCACGACCACGACCAUCAGUCUGAAGUCGAAGUCCUAUCCGCAACGCUCACAGCCCAACCCAGCUCCUCUUCUACCUUCAUCAACCUCCCCAGCUUACAGCGUCUCCUCGAAUCCGCCUCAAAAGAAGAAGUAUACCGCAUCAAAGGCCUCGUCCACUGCGCCGCAGACCAGACGCCAGAGGGCUCAGACCCGGCACUUCCAACAACAGCAACACCAACACCAAAUCCAUCAGGCACAUUUAUCCUAAACUGGGCCUUUGGUCGCUGGACGUUUACAACUGCGCCGGCCGUUGAGUCCACCGAUAUCGCCCGUUUGACAUUUAUCCUGGCGAGGCAGGAAUCUACAAAGUGGAAGAAGAAAUUGGAGCGUGGCGGGUUGGUUGAGGCUGUUGCAGGCGAUGGUGCUGGUGUUGGUGAGCUGGUUGUACAAAAGUUACUUUGA